ACAAAAAUUCUUUCACUUCCGGAUUUUGCCAUUAAACAUUUCCGACGCUUCGCAUAAAAUUUCGUUUCACUAACACAGGUUUAAGACCAAUAUUCCCAUCGAAAAUGACGGAAAGAUCAGAUCUGGUAUUGAUGGCCAAGUUUGGCGAGGACGCUGAACGCUAUGAAGACAUGGCACGCAACAUGAAACAAGUCGUACAAAUGGGUGGGUCGCUUUCGAAUGACGAGAGGAACCUGCUCUCAGUCGCUUACAAAAAUGUGGUUGGUGCAAGGCGUUCCUCGUGGCGGGUCAUCUCGAGCAUUGAGGCUAAACAAGAUUCCUCUGACAAGCAUCAAGCCAUUGUUCGCGAAUACAAAACUACAAUCGAGAAGGAGCUGACUGAUAUAUGUAAUGAGGUUUUGGACCUGAUCGAUAAUCAUUUAUUGAAGGCGAUCGGGGAAUCAUCAAAAGAAGAUGAGAUGGCCGAAAGUAAGGUCUUCUACUUGAAGAUGAAGGGAGAUUAUUUCAGAUACCUUGCUGAGGUUCAGAACCAAAAGAAGGAAGUUAUCUUGAAGUCAGAGGAGGCAUACAAGCAAGCUACUGAGAGUGCAAAGGAUGGCUUGUCUACAACUCAUCCAAUAAGACUUGGUUUGGCACUCAAUUUUUCUGUGUUUUACUACGAGAUCAUGAAUCAGCCAGAUCAAGCUUGCACCCUUGCGAAAAAAGCUUUUGAUGAUGCCAUAGCUGAGCUGGAUAAUCUACAAGAGGAUACAUACAAGGAUUCGACGCUGAUCAUGCAGCUCCUGCGCGACAACCUGACCCUCUGGACAUCAGAUGCUCAGGCAAAUGAGGAUGCUGAUCAGGGUGACGAAUAGAAGAAAGUUGUAAAAGAUUUGGCGUUCGUGGCUGUUUCUUAUGAAGAUUGACGAACAAUUAGGAAGAGACAGAAACAAAUUUUACUGAUUUAUUUGAUAAGAUAACUGCUUUCAUUUUUAAUUUGUGACAGUGAUUUAAUAGUUUUUCGAUUUUCAAGGUAUCCUUAGUUUUUAGACAUUUUUUGUAUGAAUUCAAUUAGAGUUGUUUUGUUAUAAUGAAUUGCUCUUUACUUCAAUCCUUCAGCUUAAAUUGUGUUUGCUCAAUCUUGAAUGAUUCUGCCCCAUUUGGUGUAUUCUACAAGUUUGCUUAGGCCAAAUCUAAACAAAUGUUGUGGUUUCUAUUAUAUUCUAAACUAAAUCAGGCUUGGUAGGUAGAGAAAACAUUUUUCCUUGUUAAUUUAUUUUAUUGUGAACAAAGUAUUUGGGGUUAAGCCAGAUAUUAAUGAAAUUGUAAUGCUUUUGUAUGAGAGUUAAUAAACUUUCAGUUAAGACUCUCAUCCAAAGCAAGAAGACGCUUUAAAUUGGACAGGUUACAAUGAUCAGUACACUCCGGCAAUAAGCUAACCACCUCCUUCCCUACCAACGCACUUAAUUCCAAUUCAACCAAUUGAGUUGCCUAGAAAGUAAUACAAUAAAAGUAAACUGUUUCACCUUGUACUAAUAAUAGUGGCACAAUAAUAAUAAAAUAUAUAUAUGCCAAACAAAAUCAUUAUGUCAGGACUUAAGGUCGGUCGGGUCACCGAAACCACAACAUUAAAUUUAUUUGGCCAUUUUCAGUAUCCAGUUGAGUGUCAUAAGCUUAGAUGUAUUAAUAAUUAUGAAUAUGAAUAUUAUCUUAAGUAUUUCAUGUAGUGUUGUUUCUGUACGGUACUCCCCUUACAUAUAAUUGUUGUAUAGACAGAUAGGGAAAGGUAAUUUCACUUAAAUACUCUAGUAUUCACAUUUGCUUUUUGUAUUUAUAUUCAGUGUGUGUAUACCACGUAAUAAAUAACGUCAUAAUUGCUACGUCGGAAGGCAACUUUUUGCUUUGAAUGAGGACUUUAAACAAAGAUAACUUCACUAUUUCUUCACCAUUUUAAAUGAAACCUAGUGCAGUCUACUUUCACAAAACGGCCGCCCGACGGAGUACUGUCAAAACCUUUUUCUGGAAACAGGUUUGUCGAAGUGUUUGAUGAAAAUAGUCACCUUAUCAAACUCUGGUAAUAUACUGCCCUUUGUUUCAUUUAAAAUGGUGUAGUAAAAGAAAAGUUAUCUUUGUUUUAAGUCUUCAUUUUAAGCUAAAUAUUGCCUUCUGACAUGGCAUGUAUGACGUAAUUUAAUUUAUCACGUGGUAUACACACACUGUGUAUUGGAAAGUUUUUAUUUCCGAUGUGUAUCUUUUUUUCAUCUGAUAAGACUGUUUUACCUAAAUUUACAGGAAAAUUUAAGAUGUUUUUUUAUUAAAAAUUGUCUAUGAGAAAUUAACAAUAAUUAUAUUGCUACGGGUCACGAAAGUUAUAAAUUAUUAAUUCUUAUCAACUAAGACUUAAGUCCAUCCAAUUUGUAUCAUAUCAGAUAUUUUUCUAUCAUUAAAUGAUAGUUUCAUCCAAACUAUGACUUGGCAUUUAAAUAUAUUGUCAUCUCAUGCCACAGUGUUCUAAAGAGAAUAUAAAUGUUCACCAGACUUUCCAUGAGUUAGCUGUUUGUGAAAUAAUGGCAGUUUGUUGUUGAAUGAUUUUGUUGUUAAGUCGGUGGAAUGUUAUUCAAUUUUUUUUGGAUGAUAAUACAAGUUCUUAAUGUAGAUGAUUCUUAAUCUAUGUGCAAAUUUCGUAGUUCCUAAAAUAUCACCUUAGCCCGUCCUCACUAGAGCCCACUGGCCCUUCAUCCAGGACAAGCAGAACUAACAAAGGGCAAGUUAAAAUUUUUGUUCUAAUGCUCGGAUGGGCAAGGGAAACUCCAGUGAAAGCAAAAUCGGAUCAAAGAUAAUUGAGAUUGCUUAAAGGCUUUGUAUCUUAAUUAAAGUAAUUUUACACAUUUUAUAGCAAUAGCAUUAAUCCUGCCAACCUUAUUGAAUUAUUGGACAUUUUUUUAUAGUAAAAUACAAAAAUGCUUCUAAAAAACAUUGUUGAAAUUACUAAAAACUGUUCUUGGAAAAGAAAUCAGACUUCAUUGUGUUUGGGCAAGUACAUUUUGACAGCUUACUGCCCAAACUCGCACUCAGAUUAAAAAUAUUAUCAUGAAGACUGUUAAACUGAAUCAAAUGAUGCACACUAUAUUUGAACUAAUUAAUCAAUUACAUUACAGAUACAUUGAGCAUUAAAAAGUUUUUUGUUUUGUUUUUCCAAAUUGUAUGGCUUCUAAUUUUGACAUUUUUCGGCAAGGAAAGACCUGGCUUUGCAUUUAUAUUGUUGUGUAAUCACGUCAGUUUAGUCUUACAUAUAUAUAUACAUCAUUUUCUUUAUGAUUUUCUAUAAUACUCGAGCAACUAGUACUUUGUACCUUAAUGGGCCAAUUAUUCCGAACUUUGUUAAAGUUAACGACAUUGUGAACUUUUAAACAUGAAUGUUCAGAUUGAUGGGUUUAUAUAUUUUAUUCAAACAAAUACUGCUCAAACAGUUUUCUCAAACCUUAUUUAUAAUGCUGCAGAUAUAAAGUGAAAUUUUUCCAGAGAAUUAGAGAUUUGAUAGUUAACAACGAUGACUUUAACAGCGUUGUUAACGCCAACAAAGUUCUGAACAAUCGGCCCUUAUUAUAUCAUUUUUGUAUUUACACCAUUAUCUGAUUUCUUUUCAAGGAUAUUGGCAUAAUCUGGCACUCAUAUACUUUCCGCCAAUUUAUCUUUUGCUGCUAAAAGUUGUAUACAUGUAGCUGACAAUGGUCAUGACAUUUUGAAUAAGAGGAUCUUGUUGUUUAUUGGUAAUAGUGCUGUGUUAUUGAAUCUGAUCAAAAUAAAAUAUGAUUUUUAAAAAUUGAAAUGAAUGAGUUCAACCACCAAUUUGGAAGUUUGUGGCAAAAACAUGAGGCAGUUUCUAUCAGAGGUUCAUGGAACUAUAUUCACUUUCAGAAUUACAAUACAUAUGAAUUAUUAUAAAAUGCCAAUGACAUUAAAUUGUAAAAACAUUCUAAGUAUGAAAUUUUACUUUAAACGCCAUGUUUUGUAAAAGUAGUUUUAUUUUUGGAAACCUUACGGUAAAAUAAACCUGUUGUCAACUUUCCUGAUAAAAAUCUUGUUUCGUUUGCACCUUUGUUACCUUGGUGAAUGUUCUUUGAAUUUUUCUCUUUUUUUCAAGAAUAGAUAGAUGAAAUAAAGAAGUUAUUUAUAAA